UUGACUUGUGAGGAAUACAAUAAUGUCAUUUCCACCUAUCACAAAGACUUGGAAGGUUUUAUUGGAACACAAUUUUAUUUCAUCUUCUGUUCAAAUCAAUGUAAAUUUCUAUUAUUCAUUUGAGAUUGGUAGAAAACAAGAAAUGACGAUGAUGUAUUUUUCGUUAAUUUGAGUAAGAAUAUAACUAACUACCAUCAUCCAUACUGAAUGUUAACAUAUUAUAGAUCAGUGUUUCUCAACCUUUCUCUCUUUGUGGACAGGUAAAAUUAUGGGUAAUUUUACAUGGACCAGUAAUUAAUGUGACUAUGAAUUAUCCUUAUUUAUUAUACUGUAUGUGCUUAUCUCUUAUCUAGAAUUACUGUAUAUAAAAAAAAAAUAUGUAUAGUAGUAACUCUAGAUUACUGUUUAAAUGUCACUUGUAAUCAACUGUGCCAGUGUCAAUAUGGCCAAAUAUGUUGCUGCAAGCCAGUGAACUUUUUCACGGACUGAUGGUUGAAAAACACUGAUAUAGAUGAUAAUAUUUAUUAUUCGUUAUUUGUUAAUUUUAUCAUAUUCCAUAUGUAUAAAUGAUUUUAUUACAAAAAUUCAGAAGGCAGAUAUUGCAGCAGCUGACUUAUCUUGGAGUCCAGAAAGAGCAGAAGUUGUUGAAUUUACUUUUCCUAUUUUUCCUGAAUAUGUCACAUUUGCAUAUAAAGCACCAAAAUCAUUAAGUCGAGCUUGGAUAUUAUUUGAAACAUAUUCUUAUCAAGUUUGGAUUUUCAUAAUAGUUACCAGUUUUAUUAUUGCUGGUACAAUAUUUAUUUCAUUAUUCAUCAAUCAGAAAAUAAGAAAUGAAGAUAAUUUGUGUAUUUCAAACCUUGCUGGCCAUGCUCUUAAUUAUGCAUUUAGAACAUUAGUUGGAAAAAGUUGCAAUACAUUGCCUAAUUUUGAAUCUGUUCGAUUGAUUAUUGGAAUCUGGUGGUUGGCUGUGGUCAUUUUCACUGCAGUUUACAGUGGAAAUUUAACUUCUUCAUUAAGUGCUUAUAAAACAGAGCUACCAAUUGAUGAUUUGUUUCAAGUAGCAAAAAAAUAUCCUCAUUUUAAGUUUGGUGUAAAGGAAGGAUCUUACUUAUCUUUUACGAACUCCAGUUUGUUUAAUGGUAUAGGUGAUAGUUCACUUGAAAUAAUCCCAGCCAAUGCCACUCCAGAUAAUGUUAUUGAGUUGGUUCGUCAAUCAUCAAUUGUCUGGAUAGCAGAAAAGGCAGUUUUGGAAAGAAAAAUGAGACAGAAAUCUAGAGAAGAAAAUAUCUGUGAUAUUUAUGUUAGUAAAGAUUACAUUCAGAGAUCAGAUUGGGCUUUAGCACUCCAAAAAAAUAGUGUGUUUUUUGAACAGUUCAAUCAUAGGAUAAUACAAAUGCAUCAAUUUGGAUUAAUAAAAUGGCUUACUGAACAAUAUUGGGAUAAUUCUAAUACUACUUGUCUGCCUACAGAUGGAAUAAACAAGAGAGAAGAACAUAUUGUUAUUAGCAUAUGUGAUAUUCAAGCAGUUAUUUUAAUUUUGAUUACUGGAGAAGUAUUUGCUUUACUUGUUUUUAUUAUUGAAUUAUGUUGUAAUUUUAAAAAAUUAAAAUACUUUUGUAACACUUGAAUUAUAUACAGUAUGUGGAUUU